AUGAACAGGGAAUCUUCGAAGAAGGAGACUACGCAGUGCAUCCAAGCAGCGUAUCUUGUGAGCAGUCUGCAGAAACGAGAAGGGUCUAUCGAUGCACAAGCAAGGAUUCGGCGCUAUAGGCAUGCCUCAAUGGUAGCGCUCACAAGACAUAUUGGGCCAAGAGAAGCGUCGCAUCAAAACCUACAUCUUGAAGAAGCAACUCAACUUUGGUGGCAGAGAUUUGCAGAAGAGGAAGAGUUGAUACGAGCUUUGACCUUCGUGUUUCUGAUUGACGUGGCUCUCAUUGUCCUCCACAACUCACCCCCUAGAAUGCUUAUCUCCGAGUUGAGAAUGGACGUCGUAUGCCCAGAAGCAUGUUUCCAAGCCGAAUCAGCCGCAGAAUGUCUUGGAUGUCUUCGCGUAUGGGCAGGAACUCGCUUCUGGAAGAAUCGAUUAUCAGUCGUCUCCGUUGUCCGACGUAUAUGCCAAAGUCCGAUGGAGGAUGCACUAGUUCAUGAGUUUUCCCAGCUAGGCACAUUCAAUUUGUUCACCGUCGUACAAGCCAUUCACUCCCUCAUGUUCCAUUUGCAUAACUCGCUGGUCUUUGAAUCCACCUUGGCCCCGGUACAAACCGGCCUUGAGAAUUGGCGACAAAUUUGGGUUGAGAGAGUACCCGAAGACGAAGGGAUGCCAGAUACUGCUCAAAACCUAUGGAAGCAAGUAGGCUUCCUCCGACGCGCCUCUGAGUUCUGGCACUUGGCUCGCAUCAUGGCGGAUAAAAUUAUAUCAAACAGCUACGAUGAUGACGAUUUUGAGGUAAACACCAAGCUUUUGAAAUACGACCAGACCGAUAUGGAAGACGUGAACGGACUGAUCAAAGAAUACCGGAUGUUGAAUUUGGGAGUGCAAUAA